AUGAUAUGGGAGUUCCACCGGCAUUGGUACCGCUUCUCCGCAGUCUUGAUUUCUUGGCGGAGACAUUCUUUGCCUAACCUUAUACUUGCAAAGCUGAAAUUAUCUAUCUAUUUAUCUAGUAGAGUGUGUUCACUAUCUAUCUAUCUAUCUAUCUAUCUAUCUAUCUAUCUAUCUAUCUAUCUAUCUAUCUAUAGAGUGUGUUCACUAUCUAUCUAUCUAUCUAUCCAUCUAUCUAUCUAUCUAUUUCAAUUAGUUCUUAUCUAUCUUAUUAGUUCAUAUCUAUCUGUCUAUGUAUAUCAAUCUGAUUAUAUUUGUUUAUGUUUUUCCAUAUCUAUCUAUCUAUCUAUCUAUCUAUCUAUCUAUCUAUCUAUCUAUCUAUCUAUCUUAGCCUGUUCGUAUCUAUCUCAGCGUGUUCACAUCUAUCUAUCUAUCUAUCUAUCUAUCUAUCUAUCUAUCUAUCUAUCUCAGUCUGUUCUAUCUAUCUAUCUAUCUAUCUAUCUAUCUAUCUAUCUAUCUAUUUCAAUUAGUUCUUAUCUAUCUAUAUUAGUUCAUAUCUAUCUGUCUAUGUAUAUCAAUCUGAUUAUAUCUAUUUAUGUUUUUCCAUUAUCUAUCUAUCUAUCUAUCUUAAGUUGGUCCGUAUCUAUCUAUCUAUCUAUGUAUCUAUCUAUCUAUCUAUCUUCGACAUAG